UAGACCUAAACGGUAGUAAUUAUGUAAUGAGCGGUGUAUACCAUUGAUGUAGUUUUCAUCACUAUUAUAAUAAAGAAGAGCUGAGGAAUUGUGCAAGUCACGGAAAGAAAAUCUUCAUGUAUGUAAAACAGGAUUAAACUGCGCAAACUCGAAAAUUGUCACCUUUUCAUGACGUCAUAAGCGCGACCAGUAGUUGGUGGUAGGAGGGGAAGCGCCCGGCAAAGGGAUGCCAAAAAAGUUCCAGGGGGAGAACACAAAGUCAGCCACUGCCAGAGCCCGUAAGGCUGAGGCAAAAGCUGUGGCUGAUGCCAAGCGCCAGAAGGAACUGGAAGAUGCUUUCUGGCAAGAUGACGACAAGCAUGUUAUGCGCAAGGAACAACGCAAGGAAGAGAAGGAGAAACGUCGCCUUGAGCUGUUGGAAAGGAAGAAGGAAAGUCAACGCUUACUAGAAGAGGAGGCUGCUAAUAUAAAGUCAAAGCUGGCAAAAAAUGUGGUACCAUCCAAAGUGACCCGUGCACAGAUUGAAGAUACUUUGCGAAAGGAUGAAGUGCAAAAAGGUCCUGUUGAGAAACCCAAGACUCAUUUGGACAUGCCACUGGAGGAGAAUGUGAACCGACGUGUGCUGGAAGAGGGUGAAGUUGAGGCAAGGACAGUAGAGGAUGCCAUAGCUGCUCUGAGUGUCAGCAAAGAUCUAGAUCGGCACCCUGAACGGCGGAUGAAAGCUGCCUUCACAGCAUUUGAAGAAUUAAACCUACCACGUCUGAAGCAAGAGAACCCGAACAUGCGUCUGUCUCAAAUUAAACAACUUCUGAAGAAAGAGUGGAUGAAGUCUCCUGAAAAUCCACUGAACCAACUGCAUGCUAACUACAAUGCCCUUUAAUGACUUUUUCAGUUGAAGUGCACUAAAAUGUCUCUCUCAUAUCUAUUUCUUACUCUAUCUGGGGAUGGGGAUUAGCUUGACGCCUCUCCAGAGACAAAGCUGGGUAAGAAGAUAGGGUUUUAUCUGAUGGGAAAUAUUUAGUAUAAUCCCUUUUGGGAAUGUAGGACCCUAUCAAACACUCCAGACCAGAUAGAUAAGUGGUCUUGGACUGCAUUGCAAGAAAAGAAAAUUAAACUGUUUAUAUGAGAAACAUUGGAAAGUGGUUAAACUAUUAAACCACUUAAAAACUAGAGGGCACCCUGAUAUGAAAGGGUUAAUUAAAGAGUCUGUUUCACCCGCUUCAAAAUGAUUCUUUAAAAGGAUCUCAAUUAGUGAUUGGUGAUUUCCAAUAAAUGAAAUUAAAGUGUUAUUCUAUUUAA